AAAAGGCUUUUGAGUUAUGAUGAUGAAAGAAAUCAUGAUUAUUUAUCUGAAACUAAGGGGGUUGAGUGUGAGGCAAGUUGUGCUUUUACGAGAUUUAGUCUAGGAGAAUAAGAAACCCGGAUUGUUCACGUGCCAACCAAGAAUCUCGAAGCUCCCAAAAUCCAACAGCUAAAAAAUUCACAGCUGUGUCAUCCAUGACCAUGAUUCAAUCCCAUCCAAAUCCCUCUCUAUAAUGCCUUCAUCAAGAUCCAGUAGUAGGAACGAAACAACGAUUGAGUAAUCCUCACUUGAUGAUACUACUAGUCCUGAGAUGAUAACAUCAAACUUCGCAAUAACAACGAAACUUCCUUAUAAUUUAUCUUUCUCUCUUUCUUUCUUUCUUCCUUCCCUCUCUUCUAUUCUCUUCUUGUCUUUACAUCACACCCUCUUUCCCCCUUUGCCAAAGCUCUGAUCUUUUCCCUCUCCAAUCCCCGUUUCUCCACUUUUCUUGAUCAGGGUGCCUCGUUUUCUCAGUUUCUGAAUCAUUUUUUGUUCUGGGCCUCUCUCCACUUCGGAAAAAGAUCUGAUUUUUCGCCCCCUUUUUUUUGUUUCGAAUCCCUCGUGAACCCUCUUUUCUCGAUCUGGGGUGUGAAGGAAACCGCUUUUUAUCGUUUCAAUUAUGAGGAAAAGGGAGAGGGAGAAUCCUUGUGGCGUGUGUGGCCACUAUCACAAAUACGAAGAAGGGGAAGUGUGUUCAAUUUGCGGUCACCGGAUUCCGGUUGGAUCGGAGAAAACUUCGAUACAAGUCAGUGCUUUUCCUUCCGUUGUCCUGCCGGAAUUUCUUUACCUAGGAAGCUACGACAAUGCGUCCCGCUCCGAGCUUCUCAAGACUCAGGGGAUUUCUCGUAUCCUCAAUACUGUUCCUUCUUGUCAAAAUCUCUACAAGAACUCGUUUACCUAUCACUGCCUUCCAGAUGACAAAACUUUGCCAUUUGAUGAAGCAAUUCAGUUUCUAGAGCAAUGUGAGAAGGACAAGGAGCGUGUUCUGGUUCAUUGCAUGUCAGGAAAGAGUAGGUCUCCAGCUAUUGUGAUUGCAUACUUGAUGAAGUUCAAAGGGUGGAGACUUGCACAGAGUUAUCAGUGGGUAAAAGAACGGAGACCUUCUGUUGAAUUAACUCAAGGUGUGUACCAGCAACUGCAGGAGUUUGAGCAAAAGAUCUAUGGACCGAUUGAUAGUGGCAGCUCUGUGCCGCCUGGUUUCUUGCCUACAGCACCUUCAAUUAGCUUUGGUUUCCCAAAGAUCAAUGAUCCAGCUCAGCUUCCUUCCUUCAGCACUGCUGGAACUCCUUCAAUCUUUGCGCGAGCACCCCUAGAUAUUGCUCCAACCGAGUUUACAUUCGGUGCCGGUCAGACUCAGAAGAAUGUGGCUGGAAACCCCUAUAAUGCAAAUCCAGCAAAUCCAAAUGGCACUGAUAUCCAAAUGGAUGGUUCUUGAUCCUUCACCAGCCACAUGUGUGAUUAAGCUGCUUGACAAUUUGGCUUGUGGUGAAGCUUGCAAGGUACCAGGCUGCCAUAUUUCAAGUCAAGUUUGCAAUAAUCAUAAGUGACUUGUCUAUUCUACACCAACUUCUUUUUUCCCUUGUAUUUCUCAAAUCUUUUCAUAGUUAUCUCUGGUUGUAGUAUUGAGUUACAGCAUAAUAUUCUUACUGGCCUCAGUAGAUCUGCGCGACAAUAUCCAGUUUUUAAUAUUACAAGCAAAAUCUUGUCUAUAAAGUCUACAAAAUAGUAAACAAUCGAGCUGUGGAACCGCUGUUCUGAAAUAUAGAAAAAUUCAUGGAUAAGCUUUUGAAAUUCA